CUUCUGGACUCAGAUGGUUACUACAUCUGUGAGGACAGGCCUCACAGGCUCCGUCACCACUCCCCUCUCUCCACUCAUGAAGGACACACACACACACACACACACACACACACACACACUCUGGGACGCACACUUUGUGUAAUGCGGUUUGACGACAAGGACCGGGAUGCUUGGAGCGUCAGAGGAGAGCUGGAGACAUCCUGCUCUCUGAAUUCAGCAGGAUGGUGAGCAAAGGGUCUCGGAGAAGAUGAAACGACGUGACAGACUGUGUCUUUCUCUGCCGGACGUCCUGUGCACCAAGGAAUCAUGGGAAACAUCCUCCAGUGCUGCCGCGCUCUGUCUCACUGCUUCAAACACCCGGAUGCUUCAGCUGGGGGUGGGUCUGAACAAUCCCGUCUCCUGUCCAGUGAGGAAAGCGAAUGUGACUCCUGGAGCCUGACGUUCAACCCGGAGGAUGAUCUGUUCACCAUCUCCAUCGGCGUGACCCUUCCCACCCUUCAACCGGAUCACUUCCUGUUUCCUGACAUCAUCCUGAGCAGCAGCCCGGGAGAAGAAGUGACUCUGGUGGAGCCGAUGGUGUGUCUGCUGGUUUCUGAGGAGGAAGAGGCUCUGGGGGAUGAUGACAUAGAAGGUGAAGAUGUGAGGAGUAACAGGGAGAUCCAAACUCAGACUGACGCUCGGAGACAAACACUUCAAAGCAAUAAGAAAGAAAAAGAUGAAACGGAAGGGGGACAGAGAGUUUUGGAGGCAAAUGAAGAUCCACAAACUUCACAGGAUGGAGAAUCAGAACUUAAAACUGAAAAGAAAAUAAAGAAAAGUGUAAAAUUAGACAUUUUUAGUGAGGAAAACACCCUAAGCAAGAUUAAAACCACUUCAACACAGCUGCAACACAACAGGGAGCAUCAGGAGGACUCUGGUGUCUUUGAGAUGGAGCAACAUCCUGAGAGCAUCCUGAAAGAACAAAAUAAUACCAGCAUGGAUGAAAACAUCACCUUGGAGACGCAGAAGACAGUAAAACACAAGAAAAGCAACCCCGGAUUUCAAAUUUAUCCAGUUGAAAGUUGAAAAGACCUGAGAUCGAUCACAGACUCAACAGCAGCAUGUUUGUGACACAAUGGCUGCUGUAGAGGAGGGAGACGAAGGAUCUGGACCAAUCCAAAUGUUUUUAGGUGACCUGGGAGCAUCAGCAGUCAACGAUUAGUGAAUUUAACUUCCUCUACAUGUUCCCCUGUAAAGUUUUGUGACAAUCUUUUAAGGUUUUGUGAGAAAACACAAGAAUUUUAAUGAGAAUUCCAUUUUAAGAACCAGUAAAGGAUGUGAAGACAUCUUUAUCAAAAACUAACAAAGAACAGAAAAAAUAAAGGGAAACUAGAUUCUGGAAAGUUGAAUCUGUUAUUUUAGGUUUUGUGUGAAAAUAAGCCCAGGACUAUAAAUGCGCUUCACAAAAGUGAUGUAAUGGAACCAGACACGAAGAAUGCAGGGAAAAGGGCUGUGAGUUCAGCGAACUUCAAAUCCUAAGUUCCCGCAGGAGGAAAGGACCACCAUAAAUCUGUAGCGGCUACGCUAGGGGAGAGAUGAAGUGGUGACGUUACAUAGUGACGUGCCGAUGUAUUAAUGCUAAUUACGAACUUGUACAAGCUGAAGGAUAUUGAUGUAAAGUGUUCAUUUUGCAACGUACACCCUGAAACUACUUCACAUUUAUUCUGGUCGUGUGAGUUUACUUACAAGUUUUGGAAAGAUGUCAAUUCAUUCUUAACUCACAACAUUCUUCCUGAUUUCUCCCUGUUCUAUAAAAAUGUCAUUUUUGGUUGUUUUGGAGGCAGUGGUAAAGAUAACGAUGCACUCUUUCUGAUAAACUUGAUUUUAUUUGUUGCUAAGUUCCAUAUCCAUAAAUCUAAACUCUGUAAUAAAAAGCCAUUUUUUCCUGUGCUAAGAGCAGAACUGGAACAGUAUAUAUCCACCAUUUCUUGUGUACAGAACAAAAAAGCAGUUAAAACUCUGAAUACUUGUACGCUGU